AGGAGCCGACGGCCUUCACCUUGGUAACCACAGCCUCGCCGCCCCGCCUAGCAGGCCCCAGGACUGUCAUCACCUUUGGGUGUGGGGGUCCCUUGGCCACUGUCCCUGGAAAUAGCCUUGCCUGCUUUCCUCAGAUCACUCAUCUGCCCGCCGCCGCCGCCGCCGCCGCCAUGCAAGGGGAGGACGCCAGAUAUCUGAAAAGGAAAGUUAAGGGAGGAAAUAUUGAUGUACAUCCAUCAGAGAAAGCACUCAUUGUUCAAUAUGAAGUGGAAGCUACCAUUCUUGGAGAGAUGGGUGAUCCCAUGUUGGGAGAACGAAAGGAAUGCCAAAAAAUCAUUCGUCUUAAGAGUCUCAAUGCCAACACAGACAUAACUUCCCUGGCGCGGAAGGUGGUGGAAGAAUGUAAGCUCAUUCAUCCCUCAAAACUAAAUGAGGUAGAACAGCUGUUGUAUUACCUACAAAAUCGCCGUGAUUCACUAUCAGCAAAAGAAAAAAAGGAAAAAUCAAGCAAACCUAAGGAUCCACCUCCUUUUGAAGGGAUGGAGAUUGAUGAACUUGCUAACAUUAAUGACAUGGAUGAAUACAUUGAACUGUUAUAUGAAGAUAUACCUGACAAAGUUCGGGGUUCUGCGUUGAUCCUGCAGCUUGCUCGAAAUCCUGAUAACUUGGAAGAACUGUUGUUGAAUGAAACUGCCCUUGGUGCAUUAGCAAGAGUCCUGAGAGAAGACUGGAAGCAAAGUGUUGAGUUAGCUACAAAUAUAAUUUACAUCUUUUUUUGCUUUUCUAGCUUUUCUCAGUUUCAUGGACUUAUCACCCAUUAUAAAAUUGGAGCUCUGUGUAUGAAUAUCAUUGAUCAUGAGUUAAAAAGACAUGAGCUUUGGCAAGAAGAACUUUCUAAAAAGAAGAAAGCUGUUGAUGAAGACCCUGAAAACCAAACUUUGAGAAAAGAUUAUGAAAAAACAUUUAAAAAAUACCAGGGGCUUGUGGUAAAACAGGAACAACUUUUAAGAGUUGCUCUUUAUUUACUUCUGAAUCUUGCUGAAGAUACUCGUACAGAACUAAAGAUGAGGAACAAAAACAUAGUUCAUAUGCUGGUGAAGGCUCUUGAUCGGGACAAUUUUGAGCUGCUUAUUCUGGUUGUAUCUUUCUUGAAGAAACUGAGCAUUUUUAUGGAGAAUAAAAAUGACAUGGUAGAAAUGGAUAUUGUUGAAAAGCUAGUUAAAAUGAUCCCGUGUGAGCAUGAAGAUCUGUUGAAUAUCACCCUCCGGCUUUUACUGAAUCUGUCCUUUGACACUGGAUUAAGAAAUAAGAUGGUGCAAGUUGGACUGCUUCCCAAACUCACUGCACUUCUGGGAAAUGAAAGCUACAAACAAAUAGCAAUGUGCAUUCUCUACCACAUAAGCAUGGACGACCGCUUUAAAUCAAUGUUUGCAUACACUGACUGUAUACCACAGUUAAUGAAGAUGCUCUUUGAAUGUUCAGACGAACGAAUCGACUUGGAGCUCGUUUCUUUCUGCAUUAAUCUUGCUGCUAACAAGCGAAAUGUACAGCUGAUCUGUGAAGGAAAUGGGCUUAAGAUGCUCAUGAAGAGGGCUCUGAAAUUCAAGGAUCCAUUGCUGAUGAAAAUGAUUAGGAACAUUUCCCAACAUGAUGGACCAACUAAAAAUUUGUUUAUUGAUUAUGUUGGGGACCUUGCAGCCCAGAUAUCUAAUGAUGAAGAGGAAGAGUUUGUGAUAGAAUGUUUAGGAACACUUGCAAACCUGACCAUUCCAGAUUUAGACUGGGAAUUGGUUCUUAAGGAGUACAAGUUGGUUCCGUACCUAAAGGAUAAACUAAAACCAGGUACUGCAGAAGAUGACCUUGUUUUAGAAGUGGUCAUAAUGAUUGGAACUGUAUCUAUGGAUGACUCUUGUGCUGCAUUGCUAGCCAAGUCUGGAAUAAUCCCUGCACUCAUUGAAUUAUUAAAUGCUCAACAAGAAGAUGAUGAAUUUGUGUGUCAGAUAAUUUAUGUCUUCUACCAGAUGGUUUUCCACCAAGCCACAAGAGAUGUCAUAAUCAAAGAAACACAGGCUCCAGCAUAUCUCAUAGAUCUGAUGCAUGAUAAAAACAAUGAAAUCAGAAAGGUCUGUGAUAAUACAUUAGAUAUUAUAGCGGAAUAUGAUGAAGAAUGGGCUAAGAAAAUUCAGAGUGAAAAGUUUCGCUGGCAUAACUCUCAGUGGCUGGAGAUGGUAGAGAGUCGUCAGAUGGAUGAGAGUGAGCAGUACUUAUAUGGCGAUGAUCGAAUUGAGCCAUAUAUCCAUGAAGGAGAUAUUCUCGAAAGACCUGACCUUUUCUAUAACUCAGAUGGGUUAAUUGCCUCUGAAGGAGCCAUAAGUCCAGAUUUCUUCAAUGAUUUUCACCUUCAAAAUGGAGAUGUAGUAGGACAGCAUUCGUUCCCUGGAAGCCUUGGAAUGGAUGGCUUUGGCCAACCAGUUGGCAUUCUUGGACGCCCUGCCACAGCUUACGGAUUCCGCCCCGACGAACCUUACUACUACGGCUAUGGAUCCCGAUAAAAUCAGUACUGCUCACUGGUGCGCCCUCUCAGCGUAGAAGAACUCCGUGGGGGGUGGGAUAGCUUUUAGUCUUGGCCUAAUAAUGCAUGUUGUUACUGUCGUGGGUCUCUGUUUCUUCUUCCACAUUGCUGGCUUCAGAUGAACUCCAACCCCCUCUGUUAAGUACAGUUGAUGCUGCCCCUGCUCACUCAUCAAACCACAUCUUGAUGCUGAAUUAUAUUUCCCAUGAGACUCAAAAGUGAAUGUUCAGAAGCUGUUAGAUUGGAAAACAAAUACUACAUUAUGUAUAUUAAGUGACUAAUUUAAUUUCUAUUAAAAAGAACCAAAAGUACGAAUGAAUGAAUAAAAGUCAUGUGUUUGUAUGGCA